AUGCUGUCCACAAUCUUCCAGCCAUGCGAGAUCCAGGUGACGAUGAUCCAGAACGUGGUGUUCCUACGUCCGCCGCAGCGGGCCACGAUGGAUCAUGAGAACCGGACACAUGAGCUUCCUCCCCUGUCCAACGACGAGUUGGUACGAGGCAUCAUUCAUCUGAACUGCCCCACAGAGCGCCAUAUUGAUGGAAUUCGUGUGCAUCUCAAGGCCACCAUGUCUUUGGCUCAUUUUGACUCGGGCUACAACAAUAUUGCGACGUCUUGGGAGACGAACGUGUUUAUGGAGCGUGUGCUCGAGAUAGGCGUGCCUAUGCGUUUAUCGAAACUGAACUCCCAACGUGCCGCCUCACAGAGUGUAUCGCGUGCGAUGAGUCCCUCUGUGACGCCAGGUGGUGGUGGGCGGCAUUCUGACCACCAUAGUCACGACUUUUUCCGUGGGUUCCGCGGCGUCUCGCGAGGCCGUUCAUCACAGACACCCAGUCUCUUCCGUAGCCGGGGCAGCUCGAUUCUGCCGGAAGAGUACUCCUACUCAUCACGGUCGCGUACGCCAUCGCAUGUGCGUACACCUGUGGACGAUUCAGGGUCCUCUACCCCGCAUUAUGCGCAUGCCAGCCAGCUCACGGAAGAAGACUUGGCCCAUGUGACGCAGCGAUUGGAGCAGCAUGGCCUGGAAGACGACGAAGAGCACCGCGGUCGUGGGCGGCAUCGGUAUGGCAGUGGUACACAGAGUCCCUACGACGUGGACGAACGCCGCGGUCGCUCCAAGGCCUCGUACGUGGAGGUCAUUCGUGACGGGGGCGAGGAUGGCUUGGAGCUCUCGAAAGGUGUGCAUAUGUUUGAGUUUGCGUUCAUUAUUCCCGCAGAUGCGCCGCCCUAUGAUCGCAGCUCGUACGGCAAGGUGCGGUACACGGUCAAAGUCACGGUGUUGGGAGGUGGUCGUGCGCGUAGCAAUGUCGAAGAAUGGCGUGAUUUCUUCCCUAUGGUCAACCCUGCUGCUGAUGGCGGUGUCACGCCGCUUACUGUGCUCUUCAACGAUGUGCAUGAUACGGUCGGUAUGCUUUCUGUGGCGUGUACGUCGAACAACAUUUCCGUGGGUGGCAUGUUCAAUAUUGAUAUCCACAGCCCGUCGCCGCCGCCCGACCUGAUUGUGUAUAUGGUCCGCGUAUCCCUCUAUACCACCAUUGAAGUGCAUAGCUCGCGGCGUGGGAAGCAAGUGUCGCCUGUCCAGAAACGCCGCCUGUUUGAGAAGGGCGUGGUGCCCUCCCCCGACAAGGUGCAGCACCACGAUGCGGACCGUUUGCCUGGCUAUAUCCACUAUGCAGGCAGCAAUUCUGCGUGGACCGUGCAAGGUGUCGCACGCAUCCCGGAUGACAAUGCGAUCCGGCCCAGUACGAUGCCUGGCACGCGCUCGCCGUUGCGUUUCCACCAUGUGCUUGUCGUGGAGGUCGUGCACAGCCGCCAUGAUCCUACGGUGCCCGACUGCCUCGGCCCAGAUGGCCGCCGCAAGCUCAAAGUAUUUACGUUGCGGCAGAGCGUCGUGAUUCCUUCGUGCUGUUGUGCGCUGGAUGCGGUUACAUUGCCGGCGUACAGUGCCCGGCAGGAAGAUGCGCCCUCGGUCCCGCAGCUCAAGCAUCUCACAGGCACGACGUGGGAGCAGAUUGUAAAAGCCAACCAGAGCCGCGGCGAGUCGCACAAUAUGUGUGUGUGUGGUAUGAGCCUUGCCGACUUAUCGGCUGCCGAGCAAGCGAUGCUCCCACCGCCGGAUCCGACCAACCUGAUGGUCCAGCAGGGCCAAGGGCGCAAAAUCGGCGAGUACGCCGGCGGCGAAGAUCCGCUGGCCGGCCCGGGUCCGUCGUCGUCGUCGUCGUCGUCGGCCGGGGCAGCGAACCACCACCAUCGCCUAGCCUCGCCAUCGCCUAUGCCCUCGCCCUCCAUGCGCCCCACCUCCUCGCGUGGCUCUACGCCUCUGCAGCCCCCGACCCUCACAGACGAGCCCCCUGCCUACUCUUUAUAG